AAGAGCGGCGCUCAUCCUGCCUGCGUGUCCUUGUUUACGACGCGGGCUUGUAGAUUAGAGGAGCUCGGGUGUGCGUGUGUGCGUUUGUUUAUCUGAGAAUUAGAUAUUUACCAUUCCUGCUGCUAGGACACCGAAGCUUUUGUUUCUUAAACAUCCGCGCUAAUGCUGAACGAGCGUGUCCGAAGAUUAUUGUGGGAUUUUUGUAUCACGCGCUAUGAACUUUAAUUUCCCCACUUUUUUUUUUUUUUUUUUUUUACACGAUCUGAACUUUCGCGUGUUAAUCUGAGUAUUUUAAACUAAGUUUGGACGAGACCAGCAAACAAACAUUAGUAUCGAUCGACCUGUUUUCACGUUUUUCGGUAGCACUGCCAGGCAGUUGAAUCCUAGCAUCCUCCUCUUAGGAAUCGUAUUUAUCAGAGGACAGUCUGCGCGUAAUAAGGAAGCUGCUUGAGCAGCGGGUAGUCGGAGGAAAACAUGUUGCGCAUGUGAGCCUUAUUCAACAUGCAUGUCGCCACACUUUAUUCCCCAUUUUUUUUUAUUUACUAGAAGCUAACUUUAGAAGCUGAAUCCAAUUCCCCCAGCCUCUCCCCCUAUUCAGUUCUUGUCAUUUCAUAAUCCUGGAUAUCCGAUAUAAUGUACGAUAAUACAGUACUUUACAAAAGUCUUAGGCAGUCAAAGGAAAUGUUUCAAGCUAUUAAUCUUGGUGGUAGUUGUAUAUUUACUCGGGGGAAAAAAAUCAGUAACAUCAGAACAUAUGCAAAUUAAGAGUAUCACAGUAAACUGUCAACUUCUGUUAUUCAAAAUGUUAUAUUGAUAUGUAGUUCGAUGGCUAGAUCAACACCAGGUCCCAAACCUCUCCUCAUGCCAUUCCGUGUAUUUAUUAUAUUUCAACUCCAGCUCAAAUGUCUGUUCUGAGUUACUCGGGGGGGCAGUGUUGCGAGUGGUUGAGUUCUUCUAAUAAAGAUGACAGGCUUUUUUUUUAACAUGAAAUACUAUAUUUAAAGCCUCUAUCGGUUUAUUACUAGCAGCGGCACAGACAAGGAAACCAACAAUUAACGUGACUCGCGGUAAAUACAGGAAUACACAUUAAUUCGCGGUACAAAUUAUGCCUGCUGCUGAUCAGCCCCACGGCGUCACAUCAGCCAUUUGUCAACAGCGGGUGGGAUCACCGCUAAUACGUCAUUGCUGAAACGACGUCGAUUACUUUUGAUGUAUGCAGCUACCUCUAGCUAGGAAGCAGGUAAUUUUACGCCAUCUGCUGUUGUAUAUUGACUUUAAAAUUCUAGCCCUUGAAAAUAAGGUGAUCCCAAUUUUUUUAGAUGGUUUUUUUUUUAACCAAAAAAAAUAAUACAUCUUGAAUUCACGCCAGUAUGUAUAGGAAAAGGGCAGGCAUAUCGUAACACUGCGGUUCACUUGUGCGUAUUGAACUGUCUGGGAUAGACCGAAAUGGUUCAGUAAUAUGCUGUGUACUGUUACACCCCUAUUGUAUACACAUCCAUUCAUCUUCUAACUGCUUAUCUUGAUUAAUAAAGUAAUUCCUGUCAAACCAUUUGUAUGGCGGUUCUUUGCACUGUGAGAAAUCACGGAGUGGAGAUCUGCAUUGAUGCUGGGAAUUCGACACCGGACACCAGCUUUUAACUUCAUUAGUCUCGUUUUUCUUAAUCAACAGGAAAUGAAAACGUACAAUGACCUCAACAAAACUGCACACGCCCUAACGCUAACCUCCCUGUCCUUGGGAACAUGCCUCAAGACUACCCAGUUGACCUUACUCCAGUUAAGGUCAGCUGGGUGUUAUUAAAAGAGGCGCCUGAUGCUGAUCUGUAAUCGAUCCCCAUGGGGAGCCGCAAGAUCACCGAAAACCAGCUGGUGGCCUGCUGUCCGGCAUCUAACAGUACAAAUGUCCUCUCCUAUAGGACAGCACCUAAUAAAUACAGGCGCUCCUCAUUUAACUCUUACAUUUUACAGAACACAAAAGUGCAAUCAGCAAAAAUUGUUAAAACGAUGUACCAAAGAAAUCGAGGGAACUGCAGGACCGAGACUGAGAGGGUGAUUCAAGAUGAGAUGCCGCGCUGUCGUUUCAGCGACCAAAGUUCUCGUACAGCGUACAAAACCGACUGGUCAGAGAACAGGUCGUAAGUCCGGGCGGUCAGUAAAUUGGCUAUUAAUUCAGGAGUGUCUGUAUUUUUUAAAUGUUAUACAUUUCAAGAGUUUAAAGUGAAAACUUGAUCAUAUAGAAAACUGAUAGAUUGUUUAAUGGGGGCGUGGUGUUGAGCUUUUCUGUGAGCAGUAAAGGCGCCUUCUGUGUUUCUGUUCAGGGAUUUUUAUAAUGAUCAGAUUGAGCUGUUGGGAAAUGGCAGGGCAUGAUCCAAAUGUGCUACACAAAGGAGACUAGCCAACAACAUUUAUCUUUUCCUGCUUGCUGCUGCUGUUGAUUGAUUUAUUGAUUGGGACUGUAGUGAGCUGGCUUUCUAUGGCUCACGUUUUAUUUACGAAAACUCUUACAAUUCCGGCCUACACUUUCUUGUUUAGGAGCUCCGUUUUGGCCAGAACUUGGAAGAGUUUGAACUGCUCCGCAUUUCCAUAGAGUUGGAAUACUGAGUAGGUGAUAGGUGAUUUUAGAAAAACCCUCACAACUGUCUGAAUGUGGAAGAAAUGUACACUUGUUUAUAAUCAAAUUUAGACUAAAGAUCUUCAUUCUGACACAUUCACCAUGGUCAUGCUGGAUGUCAUUUUCUGCUUCCUCUAGCUCAUAGUAAUAUGAUGCGAUUCUUCGGGUACGGUUGAAGAAAUAGUUGACACAUGAGUAAAUCAAAUGCCACCCAAUGUUUUUUCUUAUGCUAAAAAGGCCCUCUUGAAUCUGUUAUCUGUAGCGUCAGUGUCCGGUGAGUGAGUGCAUUUUCAACAUUCUUUUGCUGACUAAUAUCUCUGCCCUGCUAGAGAUGUCAUACCCAGCAGUGUUGGAUUCCAGGAAGAAAAGGAUCCGUCUUUUACACCAGUGAACACUUACUGUGUGCGUCAGACCGUUCGAGGCAUGUUGAUAAGGUGAUCUCUCGGUCAGCGAGAUUGGCCCAUUUGAAUCACACUUAUCGUGGACCCAGAUUGUAGACUUCCCAUAAUGCCCCUGAUAUAAGUUUGGUGUGGGAACUUGCCAGAUAAAGUAAAUACUCCACUCCAAAUAUUGUCAAAUGCUAGUUUUUAAGGUUUCCAGGUGGGCAAAUACUGUUUCUGUGACUUUUUUUCUUUCAUUUAUUUUUUCACUGAAGAAUGAUAAUACAUUUUAUGAGAUUUUCACUGAAAGCCGAGAAAGUAAGUUUUUAAAUUAAGAGGAAAUGGUUGGACCCUCCAUUUGCUGUAUUAUAGAUUUUUUUUUAAGCGGUGUAACAGUUGUGUUUUUGUAUAGGGCUAUAAUGUUUCAGAUAUUUUGGUUGUCAGUCUGAGAGGUGUGUUCUCCGUUCUGCUCCGCGGUUGACCAGUAGUGAUGAGAGUUACGACAUGGGUCAAAGGUACAGUUCAAAUUGCAUACGUGGCCCGAAAUCUGAAUCGCUCUUGACUGGCAUGACUUGCAUAAACAUUUAAAAGAAAAAAAACACUUGCUGAUGUGCCUUUGGCCGUGUGUGUGUGUGCCGAUUGCUGCGAAGGAAAUCAAAAGGAUUUUAUACAUCUCAUCUUGCCUAUAUACCAGAGGACUAGUGACUAGAAGAACCUUGAGGUCGACCUGUUGUCAACCACUGAUGUAGUACAUCUCAAACAGGAAAAGGGAAUGAGAUUCCGUCCUGAGAAGUAGCAAAAUGAAGUGAAAGUAGGUUGAAAUAAGCACUACGUGAUACUGGGUUGGGUUAAGCUUUGUGGUAACUGAAGCUCUUCUUGUUUAGUCGAGAGAGACUGGCCUGUCCAGGUGUUCAAACCAAUGUCCUUGAUACAAAAUAAGCACUUCCUGGGCAGGACUGCGUGCACCGUAUGCCAAUCAAGACACGCCUGCUCUCCUGCUGUCUCUCAUUGCCCUCCGUGUUAAACCCAGCCUGAGACUGAGAUGAGCGGACUGGAUCGGUGGGCCGAGAAGGAUGUCAGCACGUGGCUUAAGGAGCAGGGCUUGGUGGAGUACUCCAACCUGAACUUGAACGGGUACAAACUCCUGCAUCUGGAGAAAGAGGACUUCCUGAAACCACCUCUGUCGCGCGUCACCUCCGAUGGUGGGCAACAGCUCCUGGACAUGAUCGAGACGCUGAAGAUCGAGCAUCACAUCGAGGCUCACAAAAAUGGGCACGCCAACGGGCACGUUGUGCCGCUGGGCAGCAAGGCCAGGGGGAAUGGCACCGUCAACGGCUUCCGCAAGGAGAUGGUGCAGAUCCCCAUGCCGGAGCCAGAGAGGACACAGUACCCCGUGGAAUGGGCCAAGACGGGCGUGGCCUUCGGGUAUGCGCUCUGCUGCUUUGUCUUCACCACGUUCAUGAUCUCGGUGGUCCAUGAACGCGUUCCUGCCAAGGAGAAGACCCCUCCGCUGCCGGACAAAUUUUUCGACCUAUUUAACAGGGUCGAGUGGGCGUUCUCCAUCUGCGAGAUCAACGGGAUGGUGCUGGUCGGCUUGUGGUUCCUGCAGUGGCUGCUCCUGAAGCACAAAUCCAUCAUCGGCCGGAGAUUCUUCUUCAUCGUCGGCACGCUCUACCUGUACAGGUGCAUCACCAUGUAUAUCACUACUUUACCUGUACCGGGAAUGCAUUUCAAGUGCUCUCCUAAGCUGUUCGGCGACUGGGAAUCCCAGAUGCGGCGGGUGAUGAAGAUGAUUGCAGGAGGCGGGCUGUCCAUCACAGGCUCCCACACCAUGUGUGGGGACUACUUAUACAGUGGCCACACUGUCAUGUUAACACUCACCUAUCUCUUUAUCAAAGAGUAUUCUCCUAAAAGAUUCUGGUGGUACCACUGGAUCUGCUGGACUCUCAGUGUUGUGGGAAUUUUCUGCAUUCUUCUCGCGCAUGACCACUACACUGUGGAUGUAGUGCUAGCGUAUUACAUCACUACACGUCUGUUCUGGUGGUAUCACACCAUGGCCAAUCAGGAAGUGUUGAAAAAAACGUCGAUGGGCAACUUUUUCUCACGCGUUUGGUGGUACCAGUUCUUCCAGUACUUGGAGGAGAACGUGCGUGGCAUCGUGCCCCGAAAGUACCAGCUGCCCGUCUCCUGGCACCAGCUGCCGUGGAGCCACGUGAAGUACAGCAGAGUGGAAACGCAGUGACUGUCGCUCAGGACUGUUGUGCUCCAUCCCUCCCUACCCGCCCGCCCCCCCCCCACCGGUUGGGAAUGGACUGGAAGAAAUUGCCAGAAGUGCUACAAUCUUACCACAAGAAUAUGCCCUAAUGUAGAGUUUCCCCAGCUCUGUCCUUGGGAUCCUUCCUUCAGUCCGGAGGGAGUAAGAAUGCGGACAGUCUGGGGAUCCCUGAGGAGCGGCUUAGGAAACCCUGCGCUGAUGCACCUGUUAACCCUUUGUUGUUGUUUUCUUUUUUCUUUAAAACACUCACCUUUAAAAUUUGCCAGCACUGUGACUUUCUCAUCCCCUCCCCUAAACAUUACUUUCUGGAUCAAAUCUGAGUACAGUCAACACUACAUUUAACCAAUGUUUUGUUCUUUUAAUCAUUAGCAGGUGCUUCAUUGUAGACCUUUUUGCUUUUUGUUUUUUUAAUUUUCUUUUUUAUUUUCUUCUCCCGAGUCUACAGAGAAUCAUCAUAGGUCCGUUCGCUGAGCCCAAAGCCGUUUACCCACAUUUGAAGGUCUACUAUUUACAAAGUGAAGUUUAGGAGAUAAUGUCAACCAGUCUGAAAGUGUUAUUGCAUAGUUUUUUUUUUUUUUUUUUGUUAAAAAUGAUUAGCAUUUUUGUAACUUUUCUCUAAAUGUGGCAAGAGAUGCAAAAAAUUUUCUAAAUAUUUCACAGGUUUAUUUUUCAAACUAAUGUUAAAAUAAACUUUUAGAUUUUUACAUUUGAAAAUGAAAGCAAGCUGACAAAUCUAAAGUGGUAUUUAAUGUUUUCUAGUGCCUUUCCUGUUGGUUGUACAGUCUGCUGAUAUAUUUAUGUUUGUUUGUGAGAAUGUAAAGUGGUACGUAAUUGUCUUGGUUCGAUCCAUAGAAUGGGUGCCUCUUAAGGCCAUGACCCAAAGCUGUUUUUUUUUCUUUUCAUUUUAAUUUUCAGAAGCUAUUGGAGGAUGACAACCACAAAAUCGGUCUAAUUGUCUGAAUGUAAAAUCGAUUUUAGCCUUAGAAAUGUCUCUCCAAGGUAAUGAAGUUCACAGAAACCAUCACGGGUUCUGACAAACAUUCUUUUCUGCAUUUACUUCACAGGCAUUGAAGGAUACCAUGUAACACUCCCCGGGAGGGUAUAGUGCUGUCUGUGUCCCAUGUUUGUUCUGUCUAUACCAAAUAGCUGUAUGGCUUGGGCUCGCUCCACAUGAGGGUUUAAGCUCUGCACAACAGAAAGACCGUAACCGACCACGUCGCCGCACGGAGAGGUCCGCACGGAGUCCCGCCUCGACGCUGGCACCCGCACAUAUGCCAAAAAGAAUGUGAUCCCCGUCACCUCUCCAGCCUAUACCUCAGAACUCUUGUACACCAUUAUGCCAUCUGACGAGACAAGCUGCUAUUAGUGAUGUCACACUUAGGGGUGGGGGAGGGAUGUGGGUGGAUCUUGUAGGAAAUAAAUGGAUAAACCUCA